UUCUCUCCCAAUAGAAAAAAAAAAAAAAAGGCACAGACAAAAAAUCAAGUGAAAGAAGAGAGUUGCGCGGUAUCAGCGCGGUAGAGUGGUUCACAAUUUUAUUUCGGCUACAAUGGCGGCAGAUCAGGAACAAUUUCAGCAACUUUUAACAACACUUUUAAGUACAGACAACGAUAUUAGAUCAGCUGCUGAGGAAGCAUAUAAGGGUCUUGCUAUUGAACAAAAAGUAACAUGUUUGGUAAAUGCAAUUUCAACAUUACAUUUGAGCGAAGAAGCUCGAAGUAUGGCUGCUGUAUUGCUGAGAAGAUUAUUCUCAUCAGAAUUUAUGGAAUUUUAUCCCAAGAUACCACCUGAAGCACAAAAACAAUUGAGAGAACAAAUUUUAUUGUCUGUACAAAAUGAACAAUCAACUAAUAUCAGACGUAAAAUAUGUGAUGUUGUUGCUGAAGUUGCAAGAAAUUUAAUUGAUGAUGAUGGUAAUAAUCAAUGGCCAGAAUUUUUACAAUUUUUAUUUCAAUGUGCUAAUGGACCAGUACCAGCACUUAAAGAAAGUGCACUACGUAUAUUUACAUCUGUACCAGGUGUAUUUGGUAAUCAACAAGCAAGUUAUCUUGAUCUAAUCAAGCAAAUGUUGCAACAAUCAAUAUUGGAUUCAUCAAAUUAUGAGGUACAAUUUCAAGCUGUUAGAGCACUUGGUGCAUUUAUAAUAAUUCAUGAAAAAGAAUCAAAUAUACAAAAACAUUUUGUUGAAUUAUUACCACCAAUGUUACAAGUUACAAUAAAAUCAGCUGAAAAUGAAGAUGAUGAAGCUUUAUUAAAAGUAUUAAUUGAUCUUGCUGAAUCAACACCAAAAUAUUUACGUUCACAACUUGAACAAAUAAUGGAAAUGUGUAUGAAAAUAUUUUCAAAUGAAGAUAAAGGUGAUUCAUGGAGACAAUUAGCACUUGAAGUUAUUGUAACAUUAUCUGAAACAGCACCAGCAAUGGUUAGAAAAGUUGGUAGUAAAUAUAUUGCUGCAUUAGUACCACUUGUAUUAAAAAUGAUGACUGAUCUUGAUGAAGAUGAAACAUGGAGUGUAUCUGAUGAAAUUAUUGAUGAUGAUAAUGAUAGUAAUACUGUUGUUGCUGAAUCAGCAUUAGAUCGUUUAUCAUGUGGUCUUGGUGGUAAAACAAUGUUACCUCAUAUUGUUCAAAAUAUACCAACAAUGUUGAAUAAUAAUGAUUGGAAAUAUAGACAUGCUGCACUUAUGGCAAUAUCAGCUGUUGGUGAAGGUUGUCAUAAACAAAUGGAAGCUAUUCUUGGACAAAUUAUGGAAGGAAUUAUUCAAUAUUUACAAGAUCCACAUCCACGUGUACGUUAUGCAACUUGUAAUGCUGUUGGACAAAUGUCAACUGAUUUUGCUCCAAUAUUUGAAAAAAAAUUUCAUGACAAAGUUAUACCUGGUCUUUUAAUGGUACUUGAUGACAAUGCUAAUCCACGUGUACAAGCACAUGCUGGUGCUGCACUUGUUAAUUUUAGUGAAGAUUGUCCAAAAAAUAUAUUGACUCCAUAUUUAAAUGCAAUUAUGGAAAAAUUACAAAAUAUAUUAACAGCUAAAUUUCAAGAAUUAGUAUCAAAAGGUACAAAACUUGUUUUAGAACAAGUUGUUACGACAAUAGCAUCAGUUGCUGAUACAUGUGAAGAACAAUUUGUUGCAUAUUAUGACAGAUUAAUGCCAUGUUUAAAAUAUAUUAUACAAAAUGCAAAUCAACAAGAACAUAAAAUGUUAAGAGGUAAAACAAUUGAAUGUGUUAGUCUUAUUGGUCUUGCUGUUGGUCCAGAUAAAUUUAUGACUGAUGCAACUGAAGUUAUGGAAAUGUUAUUAAGUACACAUUCAGAUGGUGGUAUGGAUUUACCAGAUGAUGAUCCACAAAUAAGUUAUUUAAUAUCAGCAUGGGCACGUUUAUGUAAAAUACUUGGUAAACAAUUUUCACAAUAUUUACCAUUGGUUAUGGGUCCAGUACUUCGUACUGCAGCAAUGAAACCAGAAGUUGCAUUGUUGGAUAAUGAAGAUAUGGAAGGUGUUGAUGGUGAUGCUGAUUGGCAAUUUGUAUCACUUGGUGAACAACAAAAUUUUGGAAUUAAAACAGCUGGUCUUGAGGAUAAAGCAUCUGCUUGUGAAAUGCUUGUAUGUUAUGCACGUGAAUUAAAAGAAGGUUUUGCUGAUUAUGCUGAAGAAGUUGUUAGACUUAUGGUGCCAAUGUUGAAAUUUUAUUUUCAUGAUGGUGUUAGAACAGCUGCUGCUGAAAGUUUACCUUGUUUACUUGAAUGUGCUAAAAUUAAAGGUGGUCAAUAUGUUGAAGGUAUGUGGGCAUAUAUUUGUCCAGAAUUAUUAAAAGCAAUUGAUUCAGAGCCAGAAUCAGAUGUACUUCUUGAACUUUUAUAUUCACUUGCAAAAUGUAUUGAAACACUUGGUGCUGGUUGUUUAAAUCCUCAACAAAUGACUGAAUUAUUACGUAUUAUGGAUAAAUUAAUGAAUGAACAUUUUGAACGUGCUGCAGCACGUCUUGAAAAAAGAAAAGAUGAAGAUUAUGAUGAAGUUGUUGAAGAACAAUUAGCUGAUGAAGAUAAUGAAGAUAUAUAUGCAUUAAGUAAAAUUGCUGAUAUAUUACAUGCAUUAUUUUCAACUCAUAAAGAUUCAUUUUUCCCAUUUUUUGAUCAAAUAUGUGGUCAUUUUGUUAAAUUAUUAUCACCAGAAAGAUCAUGGUCUGAUCAUCAAUGGGCAUUAUGUGUAUUUGCUGAUGUUAUUGAACAUGGUGGUCCAGCAUGUAUUAAAUAUCAAGAAUUCUUUUUACGUCCAAUGAUACAAUAUAUUACUGAUAAAUCACCAGAAGUUAGACAAGUUGCUGCAUAUGGUUGUGGUGUACUUGGACAAUUUGGUGGUGAUGGUUUUGCACAAGCAUGUGCUGAAGCUGUACCAAGACUUGUUGAAGUUAUUAAUGCACCAGAAUCAAGAGCUGCUGAAAAUAUUAAUCCAACUGAAAAUGCUAUAUCAGCUGUUACUAAAAUAUUAAAAUAUAAUAACAAAGCACUUAAUGUAGAUGAUAUGAUUCAACACUGGUUAACUUGGUUACCAGUUAUUGAGGAUGAAGAAGAAUCACCUCAUGUUUAUGGAUAUUUGUGUGAUUUAAUUCAAGGAAAUCAUCCAAUUGUAUUAGGUCAAAAUAAUGAAAAUAUACCGACACUAAUACGUAUAUUUGCUGAAGCAUUUUUCCGUGAUGCAGUACCAACUGAUAAUCCAGUUACAAUACGUAUAUUAAAUAUCGUUAGACAGAUACAAACAAACGAACCAUUGUUUCAACUAUGCAUAGCUGGACUAUCGACUGAUCAACAACGAGCACUACAUGAGGCACUCAGUAAUCAACCGACAAAUUAGCUAUAUUAAUAAAACAAUUGAUUAUAAAAUCAAUUUUUAUGUUAUUAUUUUCCGAAAUUAAAAAUUAAAUUAAAAAAAAAAUCAAUGCAGGUGGCCAUGUAAUACAAAUAAUAAUAAUAAUAAUAGAAUUUUCAAAAAAAAAAAAAAAGAAAAAAUUAUUUAAAGUAAAUCAAUUGUAAUAAAAUUAUUCAAAUAUUUUAAAUCAUUGUCGUGUUGAAUUCCGGUAAAUUAUUAUUUCUUUUUUUUUUUUUUAUAAUUAUUAUAGGUUUAUAUAAUUUUUUCUUUUUUUUGUAUAUUUUCUACUGGCAUUGUCAAAAUAUUUUUUGUGCCUUCUGAUGACGAAAAUAAUAAAACGUAAAUUUAUUAUGUUUAUUAAUCUAAAAUAAUAGUUAUUUUUGAAAAUUUUAAUUUAAAACAUUUGUAAUUGAUAAUUGACAAUGGCCACACGGGUUUGCAUCGACGA